AACUACUAAUAGCAAAACAUUCUAGCUGUAGCCACAGAGUUGAGGCUUUAAUUUGUUCAUAUAGCUGGUUAAGGUCCAUGGCGACAAUCAGGCCUAUGCUUCUCCCUCUUGGCCUCAUGGCGCUUCUAGCAGCUAGCUCGGCAGCGGUGGCUCAGCUGGAGAUCGGCUUCUACAGCAAGACAUGCCCGCAAGUAGAGGAGAUCGUCCGCGAGGAGAUGGUCAAGAUCAUCGCCGCCGCGCCCAGCCUCGCCGGGCCGCUCCUCCGUCUCCAUUUCCACGACUGCUUUGUCAAUGGUUGUGAUGCCUCCGUGCUGCUCGAUUCCACGAAGCACAACGUAGCGGAAAAGGACGCCAAGCCGAACAAGAGCCUGCGAGGGUUCGGCUCCGUGGAGCGGGUAAAGGCCAAGCUCGAGGCCGCCUGCCCGGGCGUCGUCUCCUGCGCCGACGUCCUCACCCUCAUGUCCCGCGACGCCGUCGUGCUCGCCAAGGGCCCCAACUGGCCGGUGGCGCUGGGCAGGCGAGACGGCAGAGCGUCCAGUGCCAUGGAAGCUAGCGACGAGCUUCCCCCGGCCUACGGCGACAUCCCUCUGCUUGUCAGGAUCUUCGCCUCCAAGGGGCUCAACCUCAAGGACCUCGUCGUCCUCUCCGGCGCCCACACCCUCGGCACCGCUCAUUGCCCGUCCUACGCCGACCGCCUCUACAACGCCACCGGGGGCGGCGCGUCCUUGGACCCGUCCCUGGACAGCGAGUAUGCUGAUAAGAUGAGGCUCAAGUGCAAGAGCUUGAACGACGGGAGCAUGCUGUCGGAGAUGGACCCGGGGAGCUACAAGACCUUCGACACCAGCUACUACGGCCACGUCGCAAAGCGCAGGGGCCUCUUCCGCUCUGACGCCGCACUCCUCACCGACGCCACCACCAGGGACUACGUCCAGCGUGUUGCCACGGGCAAGUUCGACGCCGAGUUCUUCAAGGACUUCAGCGAGUCCAUGAUCAAGAUCACUCCGCCCCUGAUCAAGAUGGGCAACGUUGGCGUGCUCACCGGGGCCGAGGGGGAGAUAAGGAAGAAGUGUUAUGUCCUGAACUAGCGUUUGUUUGAAUUUUAACUGUAACUGCACGAGAUGGUGUGCAUGUGUACGUGCGUCGUCUGAUAUUAUUCAUUGUAGCGUGAUUAAUCA